UUCCAGUCUUCUUUAGUUUGAACGCCAAAUCUUUUGUCCAUAACCUUCUUUAAUUAAACAUCACAAAAUUAAUUUAAAGAAAAAAAAAAAAGAGACUCCACAUUUUAUUAAGGGGACGUUCUUUAGGCUGCCCCAUGCAUUUUCCACCAACGCGUAGUUGAGUGUAUAUGUUAAUUGGGAACCACAUUGGUGGUUCAGUUUUGAAGGCCAAUGCCAACGGGCGUGCGCGUGGCGGGGCUUAUGCGCGCACCGGCCCCAACCAUCAGCGCCGCUUCCCUCUUCCUAUUCUUCUUCCUUUCAUCCUCAUGCAUAAUGAUGGCAUUCUCGGCCACAGACGCCGAGACGCUGCUUCAAUUCAAGCGGUCCUUGACCUCGGCCGCGGCUCUUAACAACUGGCACCCCUCGGUCCCUCCUUGCGACAACCACAAGGCAAAUUGGGCGGGUGUGCUUUGCUUGAAUGGGCAUGUUAGGGGUCUAAGGCUUGAGAAUAUGGGGCUUAAGGGAGAAGUUAAUGUGAAUCCUCUUGUUUCUUUGACUCGUUUGCGCACACUCAGCUUCAUGAACAACACAUUGGUUGGGUCUUGGCCCCCUGUUAUAAGCAAAUUAGGGAGUUUACGGUCUGUUUAUCUUUCUUAUAACCAUUUUUCAGGAGAAAUCCCAGACGAUGCCUUUUCGGGUAUGAAAUUUUUGAAGAAAGUGUUUUUGACCAAUAAUGAAUUCACCGGCAACAUUCCCUCAUCUCUCGCUUCACUGUCUAGGCUUAUGGAGUUGAGACUUGAUGGAAACAAAUUCAAAGGCCAAAUCCCUCAACUUGAAAUGGAUACUUUGAAGAAACUUAAUGUUUCCAACAAUGAAUUGGAGGGCCCAAUUCCUAGUAGCUUAAUCCAUAUGGAUCCUACCUGCUUUUCAGGUAACAGUGAUCUAUGUGGGGAUCCUCUACCAGCAUGCGGGAAGGCCGCGAUAUCAUCCUCAGGGCUGCUAAAAAUCGCAGUGAUAAUGAUAAUUUUGGGGGUAACGUUAGCAGUGGUAGCUGCAAUUUUCAUCAUAUUGAAUUUGAGGAGCCAGCCAGCUGCAUUGCAACUAGGGAAGGGGAGUCCAGGCAUUAUAAUUGAAGAGGAUCAAAACAAAUACACGAAUGCUAAGCCAAUGGCAACGGCAGCGGCAGGAGAAGGAUACAGAUCGACGGAGUCGUCAGUGGCUCAGGCUUCGAAGAGAGGGGCUGAACAUGGGAAACUGUUGUUCGUGAGGGAUGACAGGGAGAGGUUCGAUUUACAGGACCUCUUAAGAGCGUCGGCGGAAAUACUUGGGAGUGGCUCAUUUGGUUCUUCUUAUAAAGCAACUAUACUUUGUAAUGCUGUGGUGGUGAAGCGUUAUAAGCAUAUGAACAAUGUGGGAAGAGAGGAGUUUCAUGAGCAUAUGAGAAGGCUGGGUAGAUUGACUCAUCCAAAUUUACUCCCUUUGGUUGCUUAUUACUACAGGAAGGAAGAGAAGCUCUUGAUUUCGGACUUUGUGGAUAAUGGGAGUUUGGCCAGCCAUCUGCAUGGGAACCACAACCUAGAAGAGACAGGGCUGGAUUGGGCAACAAGAUUGAAGAUCAUUAGAGGAAUAGCAAGAGGGUUAUCUUACUUGUACACAUCGUUGCCAAACAUAGUAGCAGCCCACGGGCAUCUGAAAUCUUCAAACGUACUUCUUGAUGAAUCAAUGGAGCCUCUACUGACGGAUUACGGUCUAAUCCCAGUAGCCAACCUAGAGCAGGGGCAGAGCCUGAUGAUGGCUUACAAAUCCCCGGAGUACGCGCAAGUCGGGCGCAUAACUAAGAAGACCGACGUGUGGAGCUUCGGCAUUGUGAUUCUGGAGAUGAUAACGGGUCGGUUCCCAGAGAACUACCUGACUCGGAACCACGACUCGAAAGCUGACCUAGCGAGUUGGGUUAACAACAUGAUCAAGGAAAAGAAGACUCAACUAGUGUUCGAUGCAGAGCUGGGGCGAGCUAGGGAAAGCAAUAAAGGGGAGUUGCUGAAAAUGCUAAAGAUUGCGUUAAGUUGCUGUGAGGAAGAUGUGGACAGACGGUUGGAUUUCAAUCAAGUAGUUGCACAAAUUGAAGAUUUGAAUGAUGAAGAUUUGAGUGAUAAUGACGAUGGAGAUAACUUCUCUCCAACUUCUCGUCAUUCGCAAAUUCCUGUUUGAUCCAUUAUCACUUUCAAUUUCAAUGCUCUACCAUACCCCAACCUUUGUUUUUCUUCCAAUCCCCGUUGCGUCGCUCAAUUCUUCUCUACCCUUCCUUUCAUUUUAAUUUCUCAAGGACCAACACAAUGAACAAAUUAAAUUUACUUUUUUUCUCUUUUCCUUUUUCUUUUUUCCCUCUCUCUCUAUAUAUUUUCUUUUCUUCAAGUCAGGUUGUUGAUUAAUAUGUAAGGCAGGAAUUUGGUAUGAGUUUUGUAAAAUUAGAGCAUCGUUUUUUUUCCUCUUUGUUUUGUCUCAUCCUCGC